CGUCCACGUGGUGACGCCACGUCCAAUGGCCGUAAUCCACAUGAACUUUGUUGAGUGUGUUCGCCUGUCAUCUGCACCGCGCCACGGAAACUUAAGCAGGACUGACUACAGCAUUUAAAUGGUACGAUGUAUUGACAGCAGAGGGGGCCGCAGACGGGCGGGCAGCAGCAGCCAGUAGAGGCCAGCACUUGAGCAGCGGGGCCCGGCUGAGGAGGAGCGGGCACCAUGGAGCAGGCACACACCAAGACCACCAAGGAGGUGCUGGACUACUUCGGCACAGACCCCGAGCGGGGCCUCACAGAGUCCCAGGUCAAAAAACUACAGGACAAGUAUGGUCCCAACGAACUACCUGCAGAAGAGGGAAAGCCCCUGUGGCAACUUAUACUCGAACAGUUUGACGACCUUCUAGUGAAGAUUUUAUUAUUAGCUGCUGUUAUUUCAUUUGUGUUGGCGCUAUUUGAGGAGCAUGAAGACUCCAUCACAGCCUUUGUUGAACCUUUUGUCAUCUUGCUCAUUUUGAUUGCCAAUGCCGUUGUCGGCGUGUGGCAGGAACGUAAUGCGGAGAGCGCGAUAGAAGCGCUCAAAGAAUACGAGCCCGAGAUGGGCAAAGUUAUACGGGCCAACAAACAGGGUGUCCAAAAAAUUCGUGCCAAGGAAAUCGUCCCUGGAGAUCUUGUGGAGGUGUCCGUUGGUGACAAGGUCCCUGCCGAUAUCCGGUUGAUGAAGAUUCAUUCGACAACCCUACGAGUGGACCAGUCCAUCCUGACCGGAGAGUCUGUCUCGGUCAUCAAACACACAGACGCAAUUCCAGACCCCCGUGCUGUCAACCAGGACAAGAAGAACAUUCUGUUUUCGGGUACCAACAUUGCAUCAGGAAAGGCUAUUGGCAUUGUCGUUGGCACUGGCCUUGAAACUGCCAUUGGUAAAAUCCGGACAGAAAUGACUGAGACGGAAGAAGUGAAGACCCCACUGCAGCAGAAGUUGGACGAAUUUGGAGAGCAGCUUUCCAAGGUGAUCUCUGUGAUUUGCGUGGCGGUGUGGGCCAUCAACAUCGGACACUUCAACGACCCUGCUCAUGGUGGCUCGUGGAUCAAGGGGGCUGUGUACUACUUCAAGAUUGCCGUUGCGCUAGCCGUGGCCGCCAUCCCCGAGGGCUUACCCGCCGUCAUCACCACUUGCCUGGCCCUGGGCACGCGGCGCAUGGCCAAGAAGAAUGCCAUCGUGCGCUCCCUGCCCUCAGUCGAGACCCUCGGCUGCACAUCGGUCAUCUGCUCUGACAAGACGGGCACCCUCACCACCAACCAGAUGUCGGUAAGCCGCUUCUUCAUCCUCGACAAGGCUGACCCUGGCGACAUCAGCUUCCACGAGUUUGAGGUAACUGGCUCGACGUACGAGCCCAUUGGUGAGGUCUUCAAGAAUGGCGCCAAGGCCAACUGCGCCAACUACGAGGCCCUACACGAGCUGACCACCAUUUGCUGCAUGUGCAAUGACUCCAGCAUUGACUUCAAUGAGUACAAGCAAGCUUUUGAAAAAGUGGGCGAGGCCACCGAGACUGCGCUGAUUGUGCUGGCAGAGAAGAUGAACCCCUUUGGAUUCGACAAGAGUGGCAAGUCCAGGCGUGACGCGGCGUUGACUGUCAACCACGGUGUGCAGGCAAUGUGGAAAAAGGAGUUUACUCUCGAAUUCUCCCGGGAUCGCAAGUCUAUGAGCUCCUACUGUGCUCCAACGAGGGCUGCUGCCAACACCAAGCUUGGAACUGGACCCAAGAUGUUUGUGAAGGGAGCCCCUGAGGGUGUUCUUGAGCGAUGCACCCACUGCAGGGUCGGCGACAAGAAGAUGGCCAUGUCCGGAGCUGUGAAACAGCGCAUCUUGGACCUUACGCGUACCUAUGGCACCGGUCGUGACACGCUGCGGUGCCUGGCCCUUGCCACCUUGGACAACCCACCCAAGCCCGAAGAGAUGGACCUUGGUGACUCCACGAAGUUUGCCACAUAUGAGGUGAACCUGACCUUUGUUGGAGUGGUGGGCAUGCUGGACCCUCCCCGAAAAGAAGUGUACGACUCCAUCAUGCGCUGCCGAGCUGCUGGCAUUCGGGUCAUCGUCAUCACGGGCGACAACAAGGGCACGGCCGAGGCCAUCUGCCGCCGCAUAGGCAUCUUCGAGGAGGACGAGGACCCCACGGGCAUGUCCUACUCCGGCCGAGAGUUUGAUGACUUGCCAUUGGAGGAACAGCGACGAGCCGUCCAGAGGGCGCGGUUGUUCUCUAGAGUGGAACCCGCCCACAAAAGCAAGAUCGUCGAGUUCCUCCAAGCUGAUGGGGAGAUCUCUGCCAUGACCGGUGACGGUGUGAACGACGCUCCUGCUCUCAAAAAGGCUGAGAUUGGCAUUGCCAUGGGUUCGGGCACGGCGGUGGCCAAGUCUGCCUCGGAGAUGGUGCUGGCUGACGACAACUUCUCAAGCAUUGUGUCGGCUGUAGAAGAAGGUCGUGCCAUCUACAACAACAUGAAGCAGUUCAUUCGUUACCUGAUCUCGUCCAACAUUGGUGAGGUGGUGAGCAUCUUCCUGACAGCUGCGCUGGGUCUGCCCGAGGCCUUGAUCCCCGUCCAGCUGCUGUGGGUGAACCUCGUGACGGAUGGCCUGCCCGCGACUGCUCUGGGCUUCAACCCACCCGACCUGGACAUCAUGGAGCGACCUCCUCGCAAGGCGGAUGAGUCUCUAAUCUCAGGCUGGCUGUUCUUCCGGUACAUGGCCAUUGGGGGCUACGUGGGUGCAGCGACUGUGGGUGCGGCAGCCUGGUGGUACAUGGUGAGCCCAACGGGUCCUCAUCUCAACUACUACCAGCUGACGCACCACCUGUCCUGCGUCACGGACAAGGUGAACUUCCGUGGAGUCGAAUGCGAGGUCUUCCACGACCCACACCCGAUGACCAUGGCCUUGUCCGUGCUCGUCACCAUUGAGAUGCUCAACGCCCUCAACAGCUUGUCCGAAAACCAGUCUCUCCUGGUGAUGCCUCCCUGGACCAACUUCUGGCUGGUGGCAGCCAUGACUCUUUCCAUGACACUUCACUUCGUUGUGCUGUACUGCGACAUCCUCAACACGGUGUUCUCGGUGUGCCCGCUGUCUGUGGCCGAGUGGUUUGCUGUCCUCAAGAUGUCCAUUCCGGUCAUCAUCCUCGACGAGACGAUGAAGUUCAUCGCCCGCAAGUUCAUCGAUGCAUCCGAUCAGAGUGCAUAUCGCACACGUCCUGCUAUGCCUUCCUCCGAGGAAGAAAUGCAUGACCGAUCCAGUCGCCCCCGAAGUUCACAAGAAGAAGAACUAGGCCGAAUGGGGGCGAAAAAAAUCAAAGCCAACGAAACAAACAAAAAGAAAUGGUGCGCGCCCGCCCGCCCCCUUACGCCUUUUGCACGAACUGUUGUUUUUUUGGGCGAUUGUGAGAAGACUCCAGCCGUGCGGGAGAGAAGAAGACAAACAAAAAACCAUCUUCGUUAGUGAAUUGUGUGACCUCAGAAACUUGUAGUAGUGCACUGUUUCUCUCGUUAGCGGUGAAUUCAAUUUUUUUUUCCUCUCUCGUCCUCCUCUCAAUUUUUUUUCCUCCAUAUUUUCUCGCACUUUUUUUUUUCUUUCCCGUGUGGUCUCGGAGCUGUUUUAACGGUUCGUGACGUUAUUACGAGGCGCGUUUUGCGUAUUCGAAUACAAAAGUUGCAAUCUUUUUUCAUCCCAACAUGUUAACGCUCGCACAUACCCUCGUUUAUUUUUUUUUUUUUCUCUAGUGGGUUUUACGAGCCCCGUGUUCCGAAACUCCGAUUUUUAUUUUUUUUUUAUUCCCGGCUAUGUAUACUGAGAGCUAAUGUAAGGAUCUUUAGGCAAGAUGCGAAACUAGCCGACAGCGGCGGUGUCGGCCAUGCGCGCGCCGGGGCGUUUUCCUUUCUUUCGUCUGCUAUGCGUGGGCGUCUGCUAGUUGCGCGCUGGCCGCACCCACCCAUUCCAAGAAUAAACAAACGCGAGUGAGAACAAGCAAAAAGCGAGCAGCGCUGCCAAGAGUUGCGUGCGACGUUGACCGGAAAGAUAAGAUGGACGUCGUGCGAGCUCUGCUGGGGAAUUAAAAAAAAAAAAAGAAACGUGGUCUUCGGAAACGCGCAACCAUCACGUUACGUGUGCCAUCUCAUUCCCAGUUCCUGUAUUUUUUUUUUUUUGCUCGCCCAUGUGUGUGUGUGUGUGUGCACCCGGCACUUAUUAUGUUAAUUUAAAACCGAGAGAGCGGCAUUUUCGGUGAAGAUAUACGGUUCGUGUAGCAUUCUACCGCACGCGUUGUGCGUUUCUCAACGUAGGGAUGUUCGAAAUGACCUCCUCGUUUUGUCUUCUUAAUCUCUCUUGCUCACUUCUGUUGUAUAGUUGAGCCUCUCUUUCGUGGUCGCGUCGUCAGUUUUUUUUUUUUUUCUUCGCUGCUUGAUCGUGUGUACAUGACAUAGAUCUUGCGUAUUAUUCGAGUGUUGAUGAGCUACUGUGCGUGAAAGGAACAAAACGGAUAAUUAGUCUUUAUCAGAAGUGCAUAAUCGAACAAGUGCAUCGCCAGCGAAGGCAGUGUGACGCCGGACCUAGUCUGGGGAUAGAGGGCGUUGGGGAACGGGGAAAUUUAUUGAAGUAGUGAACGCACCCUGACUUCAGCUCACCGCAAAAUGAGAAAAGUUGUGCGACAGUGACAGUCUUCCGUGCUGCGCAUCUCUGAGGCUUCUGAGCAGGCGAAUUUAGGAUUGCCCGCGAUCCGCUGUAGAUGGCGCUCGCCGCGCCUGGUUCCCUUAAGGGAGCUGGUGCGGUAACUCGUGUUCGAUAUGAGGGCAUGACUGCAAUAGAUCGGGUGAGGAGGGCGUGUGGAUCCUUUCAAUCGCCGCACAGUUAUUACAUGCACAUGGUGUUCGCGCCUAAUGUUGUUCGGUGCUCUUUGUUUCGCGAUACGGUUAAGAACGGAACCCCAAAGGAGGAGGAAAAAAGGGAGACUGCCAGCGCCACGCGACAGAUGGCGCCACGCAAUAACGGGCUUCCUGCGUCGCGUAGCGUCACAUAAUAUGCACGUCCUUCGUUGCCCCGCGGACUUUUUUUGUUUUUUUUUGUUCAUUCGUCUCUCGACCACUUGUGAUAUAUGUUAGCGCUGUGUGUCGUCCCACCGCCACUAUAUACCCACCCCUGUUUACCACCACCACCACUACACAUUUGCUCCGCCCUCCUUGCACCCCCUCCUCCUCAAUCGGAAUGGGAAAAGAGACCGUUUUGUACAGACCGGUGUGGACGGAGGUCAAACCGUGUACCAUACUAGAGAGAAAAUAAAACACGACUCCUCUA